CUUGAGCCUUUCCCGUUAGAUCACGUACAGACGAUGCGAGCCUCAGUUGUUUUCCGUUUACACUUGUAUCUGGGUUGUUAUCCUGGUGUUCUGUACUGCUACAGUAACUAACAUUGACAGGGAGUUUAUGUUUCACUGAUACUACGAUAGGGAGAAUAUACUACGCCUUACAUUCAAAGGAUGGGACAUUCGCAUGGGAGCUAGCCAAAUUCGAACGUGUAGUCCAGAAGGCAAGUCUCCGAUAGGAUGGCUGGAGUUGGAGUGAGUCACGAAGAUAUGAGGAUUACUGUACAACUGGGUGAUGUGUCGCAAAUCGAGGCGUGGGUCCGUACUGGUCUGGACCUGGCUCGAUGGAGGGACAGGAAUGGUGAUAACGUAUACCAUAUCUAUGUGAAGUAUGGUUACCAUUGUGAUGCUUUAUGUGUAAUGGAGGCCAUACCUCGUGUCUGUCCUACACAUUCAUCGCUCAUUACAGAACCUAACAGUAGAGGAAUUACACCUCUCGUAAGAGCUUGUCAGUUCUCCACGUUAUCAGAUGACUGGUUCACUCUGGCCGUCCUGGAGUUCCUCAUCCAUCACAGCCAAAACAUCAAUUACGACCAGCUACUACGUAUGGCACAACACAGAAAGACUCACAGAUUUCUGUCAUGGAGGAAGAAAAAUCCAUCAGGGUUGCCAGAAUCCAUCCGAAGGACAACUGAUCAGAAAAUCAUGAGAUACAUCAACACGGUGGAGUCUAUGGACAAAGAAGCGGCAAAACGUUACAGGGAUGCCAUGGCGAAGGAAUGUGGCAGAUCUCGCAGUAUUAGGAUCUAUUAUGUUGGGUUUAAUGGGGUAGGCAAAAGUACCCUCUGUAGAAACAUGAGAGGAGUUAGCACACAGGGAUUGACGAGCACUGACCUGAUGGAGGCCUUCAUACAGCGCCAAGUUAUCAAUACAACGACGGGGAAAUUGAGGAAUAUAACAGACGACAUGGAACACCAUCUAGCCCUUGAUAAAAUCAAUAGAGAGAUGGCUUUUGAGAGAAUGAAACGAAAAGCAGCCCUCGAUAAGGUCAAAGAAGAAAUGGAAUCGGAGAAGGGCCAAAACCAGGUUGACUUCGGUCGUGGGAUUAGUGGUUUCCUGUCAAGUGUUAAACAGAAAUUCAUCAAUCCUUUUGUGUCUAUGUUCUCUAAGAAAAAACACACAGACAAUCCAGAAAGCUGCGCCAUGACAGAAGAACUUGCUCCUGGUGAAGAGACGGUUCAUCUCUCCGAGCCAAAGCCAAGUCAAUCUCUAGAGCAGGAAUCAUCAACCGGACGUGACGGAAAGGCUUUGGAUCGACAAAAACGGGAUGAGAGAUCAUAUGACUGCGCCGUUCAGUUAGACGUCCUUCAACUGGAAGAAAUGGACGAGGAAGCAUAUGUAUCGAUGUGGGAUUUCGGAGGAGAGGAGCUAUUUGUCAACACAAACCAUCUGUUUCUCAGUGGAGAUGCAGUUUAUCUGCUGGUUUUUAAUUUGUUGGAGUAUGAGGACCCGAGUGGACGCAUGCGUAGUAUGGUUAAGUUCUGGCUGAAAUCGGUGAACAGUUUGUCGAAAGAACGAACAAGUAAAACGAAACAGUCACCACCAGUUAUAAUGAUUGGAACAUUUCUGGAUAAGAUUCCUGGGACGCAAUGGGAGAAAGAUGAGAAGGCAGCGUACAUCAAGGAAAAGCUAUUUAAUGAUCCUGACUUGAAAGCAAUCUCGGAAAAACAUGUUGUCGCCUUCUUUCCUCUCAGUAAUGUGGCUGGUAACCGUGGAAAAAUCAAGCAGAUAUGGAGAGCCGUGCUAGAAGCAGCGCCCUUCCAGUCUCACUGGCAUACCGAGGUACCUCUGGCCUGGCUCGCAAUCGAAAGAGAAAUCAUGUUACUGAAAAGUAAAAAUGUCAAAAUUCUCACUCUGCAAGACGUUUUCAACAUAGCCAAAAAUCUUGAAUUCGACAUAGAGGACUUGGAAAACUGCGUCCUAGACGCACUGAGAUAUUUCAAUAGGACUGGCUUAGUACUCUCCGUGGUAUUGAAUAAUGCCAACUGUAAGGUUGUUAUUAAUCCGAUGUGGUUAGUGAAAAACUUUAGACUGAUAAUCACUGUUCAGAAAUUCCAGACACGACAUGACUCACUGGAUCACUACAACAAGACAGGGGAGAUAACUCUUGACCUCAUCAGGUUACUUUUAAAACAAGGUGAUGAGGAAAACCACUUCCCCGACCAUGAGGAAGUCCUCGUGUACUACAUGGAGCGCCUGGCACUUAUCACCCGCCCGCUUACAAGGGAAGGACAGGCAACCGAUGACGUAUUUGUAGUUCCAUGCAUCCUUCCAGCCGCUGACCCAGAGACGCUUCGACACAUCAUCGAGAGCCCUGGAACAACAAAGACAUCAACAUUGUCGUUUCUAUUCCGAAACGUCUUCGUGUCGUCCCCUGUUUAUGACAAGUUACUCGCGUCAUGUAUCUACUGUUUCGAGGCAGCUAAACUAGCAGGAGAAACCCAGUGUCUCCAGAGAGGAUUCGGCUGUUUCCAAUUAAACCCGCGCUGGGAUAUGGUCAUACACUGCGAAGACUGCAUUAUUAAGGUGACACUCUUCUCCGCGAACAAGAUAAGUAAAGUAAAGCCCGGAGAGGGCUUCUAUGUGAAAAAUGUCAUCGCAACAAUGUUAAACAAUGUUCUGAUCACAAACCAACAGCAGCAUCUAGUUGACACAUUUGAACUUUGUCUUGAUAAGUCUUACUUUGUGCUUCCCGCAGAAGAGCCAGUUCCCGAAAAUGUUGUAUCACAAUCAAGUGAACCGAUUGUGUGUCCCGGACCUGCAGGUACCCAGACGGUAUCGCAAGAUGAUCGAAAUGUGUGGUUUGUCGACCCAUCUUCAGUGAAGGUUCCAACAGAAGUGUCCCUCCCUUUCACCGCCGAUAUGUUGGAGAAGCGACUUACUCCCAGACAAAUGAGCCAUGUUGCCAAAUGCAUCGGUACAAGUUACUGUGUGCUUUUCAUUGAAAUUGGUUUGGAAAUGGAUGAAAUCGAAAACGUGAAACAUGAUUGCCGACAGCUGAGCACUAGGACUCUCAUUACACUUCUGAUUAGGAAAUGGAGCAUCAAGUUUGGACCAAAGGCUGUGUUUGGUCGCAUCUACCACGCCAUGAAGUCGAGAGAAAUAAGCACAGACAAGCUUUUUACUGAAAUGGAGAGAAAACUCCCUACGGCCAACGCCCCUCAAACAUCUAAUUCCGGAAGACUGAAGCAAGUCAAUGACGAAUACAUGUUGGUAGGAGACAUUGACAAGAUGGAAGCUUACAAAGGCAAGGCAGACAUUGAAGGAGACAGGACGAACAUUGAGGAAGACAAGACAGAUGGUGACAAAGUCAAGACAGAAGGUGAUGGAUGGAAGAUGGAACGUGGCGAAAACAUUAUAGGAGUUGACGAAAUCAAGGUUAAACGUGUCGAAACUAUGAUUGGAGAAGACGAAAGCAAGAUGGAACGUUGCAAAAAUGUGAUUGGAGGAGGCGAAAGCAAGAUGGAACGUUGCAAAAAUGUGAUUGGAGGAGGCGAAAGCAAGAUGGAACGUUGCAAAAAUGUGAUUGGAGGAGGCGAAAGCAAGAUGGAACGUUGCAAAAAUGUGAUUGGAGGAGGCGAAAGCAAGAUGGAACGUUGCAAAAAUGUGAUUGGAGGAGGCGAAAGCAAGAUGGAACGUUGCAAAAAUGUGAUUGGAGGAGGCGAAAGCAAGAUGGAACGUUGCAAAAAUGUGAUUGGAGGAGGCGAAAGCAAGAUGGAACACGACAGGUAUGAUACAGAAGCUGAUGUGUAUAUCCAUACCUUAAAAAAUGUUUAUUCAGAGUGGGAAAGACCAAAGCCAAAGGGUGACAAACACAAAUCGGUCGCAGACGAAGAAAAGAUUGAAGAUUACAGAGGCAAAACAGAGGUUGGCGAGGCGGAAGAUGCUACAAAUGCGUACGACGACAAAUCUCCAACCACGGAUGAGUUGAGCAUCAUCGCAGGCAAGAUAGGAAUGUCGUACAUCAUUUUCUUCUUGGAACUUGGUCUGCAGAUUGAGGAAAUAGAGCAGGCGAUCCUGGACCAUUCCACGAAAAGGUCUGCAUUCCUAAGCCUACUACAACAGUGGGAGGACGCGUAUCGAUGGGAGGCCAUGUUCACCUGGAUUUACAAAGCCAUGCGGGAGGCAAACCUAGACGAUACGGCCUUGAGAGACGAGCUGUCAUCAACCGCUGGCUAAUACAGAAGUAGAUUGCAGUUAAUUAAGUUGUUCAUAAGGAUUACAGUUGUUAGGCCAGUAACUCUUUUAAGUGAUUGUUAGUUUUAUUUGGUCGAUAUGAGCAAUGUAACAAAUGCAUUUAGCAUUUCAUUUUAGUCAGUUUUAAUAUGUGCUUGCAACGUCAGCGUAUUGUUUUAUUUUCUUUCUUGUAUAAUACUUCACGUUGUAACUGACUCAGCUUAGAUAACAUCUGUCCAGCAUACUACAAUAUCAAGUACAUAUUACAUAUUAUUGAGCAAACAAACGAAGCAUCACUCAUUCCAUUGUGUUUUGCAAUAGCAUGCUUGGUGAUAUUUUAUUAUUUGUGCAGGCUAUGUCAAGGCAGUAUUAAAGGUUAAGAUACCAACAUGGACGAACUUACAGACCCUAAUGGUAUGUACAUGCAUACUAGUCUGUGAUAUAUAAUUUUAUAUUAUUAACAGCUUAAGGGUAAAUAAAGCCAUUCCGGAUUUUUUUUUUAUAGUUUUCCUUUUAGGUUUUAUUAUGAUUUUUUACUUUAUUCCAGAUAAGUUGUCCUAUACUGUCAAUAUAAUUUGGUCGACGAAAGAAAUGAAAAUUGAGAUAUCACGGAGUUGGCCGAUCUAUUUUUUUAGCCUAUUUUAUAUAUGACACUAGAUACUUUUCAGUACCUGUGUACCAGCAUCUUAAUAAGUUGUUACGUGAACUUUUUAAAAGCUUAUCAAGAAAUAAAUACUUGUCUGGUGUCCAUAUAAUGUCAAAUAUAUAAAUUCCAACAAUGUAUAUCCAUGGAUGCAAAAACAGUACACGUAUAAAUGCCGUAGGUUCAUUCCGAAGAGUUAACAAUGAAAUUUGUAGUCGCACGAUACAAUUGAAGACCAUAAACAUUAAUUGACGGCACGGAACUGUGUGGAAUGUAAUUUUUAACAUAAAAAUUGUAUGGCAGAGUGUUAAGCCAACAAACAAACAUUUAACGCCAGUAAAGAAGAACACACAAAACCACGGUGAGAGAUCGAACGUUUAAUGGCGGAAAACGGAAAAGCAGCACAUACGUCUAACACAUAAAACGGAGCCCGGUCCGGGAUCUCCGGAACCAUAAUAACUAACAUACAUUACACUGGCGUAAGGCAAACGAGCAUGAGAAGGGAAGAAUUUCGGAUGUGACAUAUCCCUUUUGAAAAUGCUUUAUGUUCCUUGAUGUUCAAAGCUACUAAAUCUGCAAUUCAUUAUGUAAUGCUUAAUAUUGACCAACAAAUAUCAGAUGUUGAAUAACCCUCUUCUUGUGAUGGUCGUGAAACACUUCAUGUUUAGCUGUUUCAACUGGAAGAUAUUCAAAACCUUGUAUAUAUAUUUAUCAUAAAUGACUCUCUGAAAUAGGAAUUUCCCCCUUUUGUAAUGCAAAGUGUUGUUCACUGUGACGUCAGGCCCCAGUUGUGUUAAGAAGGUGAUUCGCUAAUCACGAUUUAACGACAUUUUUAAACCUGUUAUAAUUUGGUCAGAUUACAGGGUAAAACAUCAAAUUUUGGAUGUAAUUUUAUUGGACUAAACUAUUUGCUGUAUGAAAAGUUUUAACUUGGUUAAUGGUUUCAUUUUAAGGAUUCGCAGAAAAGAAAACUUUUCCGCUAACCACUGACUAAGCUGAUCACCCUUUGAACAACUGUGCUCACAUCCCCAUUAUCUAGUGUUGUUAAUGGUUAAUUAAAUAAUUGAGCAGUUGUGAUAAUAUCCAAGUGUAAUUGUGAUAUGCGACAUGUAACCAGAAUUAUCCAGACUAGUAUGGUAAACUAAUUGUACGUAUAAUGCCUUGUUAAUGGCGAGUAUUGAAUUAAAUAUGUGAUAACAGACAUUAAAUAUAGUCGACUAAACACACGUCCAUGUUAUUGUUUGUGUAAUGUGAGAUAGUUGACAACCUCAAAAUUCGAGGUAUUACGCUCUUUUAUGUUCUCAUUCCCCCAUAGUUCGUUUAUUACCUCCCCUUAGGAACUCUUUCGUGUGACCCGUACAGGUCAUACAUUCCUCUGCUUAUUUAACAAUUUUUCAUCACAAAAUUUGAAUAUUUCCCAUCGUUAGAUUUUGUAUAUGUUGUUUAAACACGUCUGUUAUAUAUUCUCAACUAAAAAUAUUUUCUGUUGCAAUUUGUUUGAGGUGAAACCAUAGAAUGACUAGACUCUAACAUCUGCAGGUCAAAUUAAAGGCCAUAAGCGUUUUUUGUCUAUCAUUCAUGCAUUUAUAAAAACAUCCAGUGAUUUUUCAUGGAGUCAAUUUUAAUGCUUUCAAAGCAAUUGGAUACAACUCGCUUGUGGCCUUAAAUGCAGAUGUUAAUCUUUGAACAGUUUGGUGAGUAAGAAACUGGUUUAUAAGUAUAUCAGACCAGGUAUGAUAUAUUGAUGCAUUUUUGUUUGAUGACAGCUUUAUGUAAGUUCAUAUUUACAAAAAAAGUAAAACUGAUAUCUUUG